AUGGAUUGUUGGGGCGACUACCCUCUUCUCGGUUUUCUUCCUCGGGCUUCAGAGUUCGGAGAUUAUAAGAAAGAAGGAAACCACCUCGGAGUCAAUCAUCCGUCUUUCUUUGUUCAACAAGUCGUGGAGCACCCUCAGUCAAACGGCCAAGCCGAAGCAGCCAACAAGGUUAUCCUGACCGAAUUAAAAAGAAGACUCGGCUCGGCAAAAGGAGUGUGGGCCGAUGAAUUGCCAGAGGUUCUCUGGGCGUACCGGUGUACACCACAAUCCACUAAUAGAGAAACACCCUUCCGCCUCACAUACGGCACUGAUGCGAUGAUCCCGGUUGAGGUUGGAGAACCAUCUUUCCGGCGACAAAGCUUUCAGGAGGAAUCUAACGACGACGCACUCCGAGCCGAACUCGAUGUCCUCGAGGAAGUGCGGGACAAGGCACAGGUGGUGGCCGAGGCAUGCAAACAGCGAAUGACUCGGCGCUUUAAUUCCAAUCUAAAGCCGAGAACUUUUCACGAGGGCGACCUUGUGUGGCGUGCAACGGGGGCAGCCAGGUGUAAUUCUUCUGAAGGAAAGCUCUCUGCCAAUUGGGAUGGACCAUUCCGGAUACGACAUGCACUCCACAAUGGGGCAUACAAGCUAGAAGAGCUGUCCGGCAAGGUUAUUCCAAGAACUUGGAAUUCUACCCACCUAAAGACAUACUACAGUUAA